GUCAAGACACAUGCGGAGCUCCAGAGCCCGGAGCAACACACGGAUCUGCCCCUCUCUCUCUGUGUCUCUGUCCGGUCUGACACGGAUCAUUCUCGGUGUAUUUCACUAACACACACUCGGUUCUCCGUCAGCAGGCGCUUUACGCACAGCACAAGUUCUCCAAAGCGCAACUGGAGACGCGGAGAUCCGUGACGUAGGACUCGCUGUGAUGUGGAAGCUUCAGCUCUGAGGUGCUCAACAGAUUCGUGAUCAGACCGGAUCUCAUGACCCUGGCGUGGAAUUCUGUUUUCACUUAGAAAACUGCUGCGUGGACAAAUGCAUACAAAUGCAUUUAGGGGCCCAACGGACAAGGAGUGGACAAGUAUCUCCAACAGCGAAAGCGAGAUUUCUCGUCCUCCUCCUGUCAGCAUGUGCAGCUGUGCUGUGUGCAGAAGAACGAGGUGUAGAUCUUAUUCAUCAGCUGGGCCUCUCCGGUCGCAGAGACAUGCGCACUUCCGGGACAGCAUACCUCACACCUCUUCAAUCUCUAACCAUCCUGCCCCCUGGUGUUGGGGUAAUUCUCGGACAGGAUGCCCUCAUUGAGGCUCCAUUAGUGGGCAUGCUUCCUGCUGGCAUGGAGGAGGAGUUCUCCAUCAUAGUUACUUUAAGCUCCUGGCGAGCGAACAAUGCCUUUCUUUUUAGUGUGCAUGAUGGCAGUGACAGACUGCAGUUCGGUGUGCAGCUCCUGCCUGGCAGGGUAGUUGUUUACAUGGGUGAGAAAGCAUCGGUUUAUUUCAAGUACAAUGUGCAAGACGGACAGUGGCACUCCUUCUCGGUGGGUGUCCGACCACGCACUGUAUCCUUCUACGCACACUGUGGGGCCGUACAGUACAGCGAGGAAACGCUGACCCAUCCACAGACGCUGGGCUCUGAAGGUCGCCUUUCUGUGGGCAGGAUGGACUCCAGGGCGGUGCAGUUUGAAGGAGAAUUGUGCCAACUGGACAUCUAUCCCUCUGCCCAAGCUGCGACACACUACUGCGACUAUGUAAAAAAACAAUGCAGACUGUCCGAUACGUUCCGAUCCCUGCCCCUGAAGUCCGAAAGCACAGAGUCAACUUUCCCGACAAGCUCGCCUUCCCGAAAGUCCAACCAAAGGUCUUCAGAAUCGGACACCCAGAGAUAUAUCCCCACCCUCUCUGCCCACUCCACUGCGGCCACCAGUUCCACUCCUAUGGUUGUUUUCAACCAGUUUAUGACCACAAGAUCACCUACAUUGCGCUCCAGCAUACCAAGACUUCGGAGCCCUUCUCCAAGCCCCCUUAUCAAGGUACGAUCCCUGGGCUUCACCAUUGGAACUCCAACCAGCAGCACCAUAAAUGAUGGGAACCUUGUAGGUGAAAAUGACAUGGAGAAUCAACAGCUUCUCAAAAAGCCAAGAGCCACUCGGCCCACCUUGGAUUUGAUCACCAUUGUCAGGCAGAGUCGUUUGAAAGAGGCCUUGAGGAAUGAUGGUAGAUCCCACCAAUCUAACAAGGAUCUUCUGCAGACAAAUUUAAAAGUGACUGGCACCAUCCUGUACCGUGAAGAGAGCAGCUAUAACCUGGUGGAUCAAUCCGAGGAUCAACUCCAAGAGGGGAUGCACGACUCAGACUACUCUGAAGGUUAUGGAUAUGACUACGGUUUUGAAGAAGCUGAAUAUUUUGACUAUGAUGGAUUCGUUGGUUCUAAAGGAGAACCAGGUCCUCCAGGUCCCCCUGGCCCACCAGGUCUGCCUGGACCUCCUGGAAAGAGAGGAGCGCGGGGUCCGCCUGGUCCGCAUGGUAACACCGGGCUGCCUGGUUUACCUGGCCCCAAGGGAGCAAAAGGAGAUCCAGGACUGUCCCCGGGUCAGGCGCCAGCAGGUGAUCAGGGUGACAGAGGACGACAGGGUCCACAGGGUCCUAAAGGUGAACAAGGUCUGAAGGGUCCCAAAGGCUAUCCAGGAACCGCAGGUCUUCCCGGAGAACAGGGUUUGCCAGGAUUGCUGGGCGUAUCUGGGGUGGCAGGUUACCCUGGCAGGCAGGGUUUAGCGGGACCAGAGGGAAGUCCAGGACCUAAAGGUGUUAAUGGCUUCAUCGGACCUCCAGGAGUUGCAGGACUACCAGGACUGGAGGGAGAGAGAGGAAUUCCAGGUCCUGCGGGAGUCAAGGGACCCAAAGGCAGACGGGGUGUUGUUGGUGACGUGGGUGAGAGGGGACCACCCGGGCCGGACGGAAACGAGGGGCCUGUCGGGGGGACCGGUAGCAGUGGAUUCCCAGGCCUCAGAGGUGAUGUGGGGCCAGAGGGACCCCAUGGAUUUCCCGGAAUUGUGGGACCUCAGGGCCUGACCGGAGGGGUGGGGCCGUCUGGAUUGAAAGGUGAUAAGGGGGAACAUGGAUUGAGGGGUGAACCAGGAGAAACUGGUUACCAGGGUGACAAGGGAAUGGCUGGUAAUCCAGGACAACCAGGACCAUGUGGAAAAGCUGGACCACCCGGGAAAACAGGGGAAGCGGGACCACAGGGGCCUCCAGGACCACCAGGACCCAAAGGUUUCCCAGGAGACAUCGGUGCGCCAGGGUUGAACGGCCCCCCGGGACCAAAGGGUCUUCAGGGAGCCAGGGGCCCCCAGGGACCACCAGGGCCAAAAGGAACAGAAGGAGACGACGGCCCCCCGGGUCCACCUGGAAUGACUGGUCCCACUGGCAGGCCGGGUAAGAAAGGUUUAAUUGGUGAAGCUGGUCCUGAAGGUCUGAAUGGAGAAAUUGGUGACCAGGGAAAUGUUGGGAAAAUUGGCCCUCCUGGUCCAGUCGGGCUGAUCGGAAUAACAGGAGUGAUCGGACAACCUGGCGAAAAGGGUGAUCGUGGUCCUCUUGGUCCUCUGGGUCCUCCUGGAGAGAAAGGUUCAACGGGUUAUCCAGGUCUUCCAGGGGGUCCAGGGGAUUUCGGCCCGCAAGGCCCACCAGGUCCACCAGGGCCGAGGGGAGCAGCAGGCGUUCCAGGGCUGAAAGGGCAACGGGGCCCGAGAGGAGCUGAUGGACCGACAGGAGAAGAAGGUCCUGUGGGCAUGAAGGGUAAGAGAGGAUCUCCAGGGAAGAAAGGAGCUCCAGGGUUCAUUGGUCAAGCUGGUGGUCCAGGGAAGAGAGGAGCAGCAGGACCCUCAGGUACAGCAGGUCCGUCUGGCAGCGCUGGCGGAAAAGGUCCUCCGGGGGAACCGGGACCCAGAGGCCCUCCAGGGGACAUGGGACCAGAUGGAGAGCAAGGUCACGAGGGACCUCCGGGACCUGAAGGAGAGCAGGGCCCUGUGGGCGAACCUGGACUCAAGGGUGAAAUGGGUUCUGUCGGUGAAGGCGGUGAACAGGGUCAACUGGGCAUCAGAGGUCCUCCUGGACCGCCUGGAGAAGAUGGACAUCAGGGGAAGGAUGGACCAAAGGGUGAGCCAGGUACCCGUGGGUCAAUGGGAGAAGUUGGGGAAAGGGCUGAGAUCGGUGAUUCUGGCCCCCCAGGACUUCCUGGAGAUCCUGGAAAGAAGGGCUUCCCAGGACCUGAGGGAAAACAGGGUCUGCCUGGCAACCGCGGUCGCCCAGGAAAGAAGGGUGAUCGAGGCCCGCCGGGUCACCUGGGAGAAAUUGGCUCGCCCGGUGAAAUCGGACAGACGGGAGAGAGAGGACUCAAAGGUGCUCGUGGGACCAGAGGACCCCUAGGGCGACCCGGAGUGAUGGGACCACAGGGAGAGCCGGGACUGGAAGGUUAUACAGGUCACGCUGGGAAGCCAGGUCCUGCAGGCCCCCCAGGACCCAAGGGAGAAAAGGGUUACCCUGGAGAAGACAGUAUAAUGGUGGGACCGCCCGGGCCCUUAGGUGAACCAGGAGCUCCAGGAGAGAAAGGUGAACGUGGGGAACCUGGAGAUGAUGGAUAUCAGGGUCACGCAGGAGUCGCUGGGGCCCGGGGAGCUCUCGGUCAGCAGGGAUCACCUGGGUCUCCUGGGAUACCUGGCCAAGCAGGACCCAAGGGCGAGAAGGGAAAUCAGGGACUCGCUGGUAAGAAAGGAUCCCGAGGUCUUGCUGGAACACCUGGUCUGGAGGGGCCACUGGGUUUGCCGGGGCCCAGAGGGACGGAAGGAUACACAGGAUCUGACGGGCUUCCCGGUCUUCCCGGGUUACCAGGUCAACCUGGAUCUAAAGGCAGAACAGGUCAGUGUGGUGAUACAGGUCUUGAGGGGAGGGCGGGACUUCCUGGUCCACGUGGUGAGCUCGGACUUCCUGGUGUCGUUGGAGAGAGAGGACCUGCGGGGUUAAAGGGCGAGAUGGGUUUACCGGGUGACAGAGGGCCAGCGGGCGCAAAAGGCAUGGAGGGGGUCCAAGGAGACCAAGGCACAAAAGGAGAGCAUGGCGCCAAAGGAGAGCCAGGUGUGCUGGGAGAUGCCGGUAUGAGAGGACUCCAGGGUUUUCCAGGACCAAAGGGACCAAACGGAGAUCUGGGGCUGAUCGGUACUCCUGGACACAAAGGUCCGGUUGGUGUUCUGGGUUUCUCUGGUCCUAUAGGUCCUGUGGGAAUGAUCGGCCCAGAGGGAAAACCUGGUCCCAGAGGACCUAAAGGAAGCCGUGGUGAGAUGGGGCCGCAGGGGCCACAGGGCAGUCCAGGGCCACAGGGGCCUCCAGGUUCACCCGGCCCAUCGAUACGCAUCAAUGUUGCCAGUCUUCAUCAGGAGAGUUAUCAGAACACAGAUGGGUCUGUGGCCAAACAGAACACUGAGAUCUUCAAAACCCUGCAGUAUCUGAACGGCGUCAUUCACAGCAUAAAAACCCCACUGGGAACACGAGAAAACCCGGCACGCUUCUGUAAAGAUCUGCUCGACUGCCGACACAAGAUGACUGAUGGAAUGUUCUGGAUUGAUCCGAACCUCGGCUGCACAUCAGACGCCAUCCAGGUGUUCUGUAACUUCACUGCAGGUGGACAGACCUGCUUACGACCAUUUGCCACAGAUAAGACGCCGUUUGAUGUCGGAAAAGUCCAGAUGAAGUUUUUACAUUUGCUGAGCGUCACAGCAACCCAGACCGUCUCCAUCCACUGCCAUAACGCCCCGGCAACUGUUGUCAUGGAGACACCACACGCCUUGCGGUUCCGGGGUUGGAAUGGUCAGGUGUUCUCGGAAAACUCGCCUCUGAGGCCUGACGUGGUUUUGGACAACUGUGAGAUCAAUGACGGUCACUGGCAUCAGUCCCGCUUCCUGUUUCAAACCCAGGACACUCAACAGCUUCCCAUUGUAGACAUACAAGGUCUCCAUCCCUCACAUCCCGCAGAGCAGCGACAUCUGGAAAUGGGCCCUGUCUGCUUCCUGUGAGCCUGAGAAAUCACUGAAGGACUUUCGCUCAAACGGCUGAUCGUGAUAUCAGGUCGUUUGGUGAACUGGGCUACUACAACAGAAACAAGGCGAGCUCUUCUAGAGGCAGAGAUAUCAGCAACAUGUAUCGAGAGACUGUUGUGUUUAAUCUGUUGAUUAUAGUGUGCUGUGGUUCAGUUUGUCAAGUGGCAAGAGUGCCGCCCAAACCUGAAAUAGUAUUUGCCCCCAUAGGGCAACACGCCCCCUCGGCAAGGCAUGAAGUCUAAGGUGCCGUUCGCUCACAAACAAACUUGCAAUAUCUUGUGGAUUGAACGUUCGAUCUUGAGAUAUUGAUGAAAAAAAAACCUGGACUCGUACCUCGUUUUAGAUGGUCCUCUACGUCCUUCACAUACAGGUGCUUGUGUUCAGGUGUGAGGCCCGAAACAUCUAUGCAAGUAUGAUAACGCAAGCAACGUCAUGCAUCGCUGCGUUCCGAAAUGUGUCCGAGCGCUAUUCUCAAUGUGCAAGUGAACGCAAACACUUCUUGUGCAUUCAGACCAGAGGCGUCGAGGGCGUCAAAUCGACCGGAAGUCAUUCAUUUUCUGUGUUAGCCAGCGUCUCUCGGCUGCGAGAAGCGGCGUGUCCGUGGCCGGCACGUCUUGGGUGGUGUGGGUGCCAGAGGAAAGUUAGAGUCGAGCAACAUUAUGGUAAUGAGAUUUGACGCGGUUCGGCGGCAACCUAUUGGAGUAUAGAAGUGCUCCACUCUAGAGAAGUCUAGAAAACACGACAGUUCAAACUUUGGUUCCCACCAAACAUUAGUUCCAUUAGGAACUAUUAGAAACAUUAGGAGAAACUAAUUAUUGCCGUGUCUGGUUUUUCCGUAAUAUACGAUAUAUGUAUUUUAUUUUGUUUAUUUAGGUAACAAACAUCCAUCAUUUUAAUUACUUUCACAUUUAAAAGAUUUCAUGAGGAUAUAUGCUACUUAUGAUAGGUCGGCAAUAAAGAUACCGGUCGACAUGUCUGGAUGUUUUGCGGCCCUUUUAAAUAUAGUUCACAAAACCAAGUAUUCCGAACAAACUUUGCCGCCCGUUUCAACCACGUCAGAGAGUCCACGAAUCAACAACACAUGGUUGUAGCUAUGCAAACACACAUUUUUUUGCAUCAUUAUGUUCCGAAAUAGUGCAAAUCUCAAUGUGCAAACACUUGCUACGCAUCUUCGAUUAUUUCGCAGUUCUUAAUGUGCUAGUUUGUGAACGCUAACACUUGCUACGCAUCCUCGAUUAUUUCGCAGUUCUUAAUGUGCAAGUUUGUGAAUGCUAAUGCUUCUACAUAGGCAUCUUCGAAUUUUUUUUGCAGUUUUUAUCGGCACAAUAACGUUUGUGUACCCACACAUAUGUUCAGGGGUCCGUGCGCUUACAAUGCGUUGCCCAAGUAAUCGUGUUUGUGCACUUGUGCAAAGUAUGUUUCUGGCCUUAAAGAGUUUGUUUGUGUUGUCGUCUUCUUUUGUACUUUUGUGUUUGUUAUUUCGAUCAGAACAAACCUUAUUUAUAUGAACAGUGAGUUGGUAAGUUAUGUUAUACAUUGGCUUUAUAUGCAUUUUAUAUUAAGGAGAAAGCUCACUCGUGACCCUUACAGAGAUGUGGCGAGUACGUCACGUAUAACCCGAAGAAAUCACAGAACACAGAUACAAGGCAGAAUUUUAGUGACGCCACAGUGUGUCAUUUAAAACCAUUUGAAAGUUCAAUUGAAAGUGUGUGCAGGACAUGACAAAAAUAUGCAAAUACACUAGAUCUAACAGUUGUAAUUAACAUGCUUGUAAUGAAAAUGUGCUCUUGCAAGAUAAUCGUGGAGUCUCCUUUGGGGUCAGGUGACUUCUUCAUGGUGCUGCAGUAUUCACCGUUAGUUAGUCGUUUUAUUUUUAUUUUUCCACCUGUGUAUAUUUUGAUAUAAAAUGUUUAUUUAUGUUAUAGAUGUAUGUAUUUGUAUAUAAACACAAAUAGGUGAGAUUACGUUGUUGUGUUCUGGCAGCUGUGAUUGGCCAGAUUCAGAUCACUUGAUCACACUUAGGAAGUAUCGCCUGUUAAUUUAUGAUUGCAGGAAAGAAAUAAAGUCAUUAAUUAUGCUUACGCAAACAAAACGAAGACACAAAUGUAAAUACUACAUAUUUUGACAUUAAAUAAAAGAUGUUUUAA